AUGCAAAAUGAUAAUCAAAACAAGUAUGAGUUUGUUAAGAAAGAAACUAAAGGUGUAGUAGAAAUUAAACAUUUGGCAACUAAUGAGGUGACGCAUAAAAAGUUUAGACAGAAAGUUCCGGGUGCUUACUGUGCAAAAUUAAUCGACCCAAUAACUGAAUUACUUCUGGCUGAAAUACAAGGGGAUAGUUCAAAAGCGAAACUAAAAAAAAUUUUAUUAUAUCAGCCUGAUGAUAGUGUCGAAUUAAAAGAUUCAGGAAUAUUUAGUUUUGAACAGAAAUUUAGAUGGGAAAAUGAAAAAUUUGUCUGGAAAAAGAAAGCAUUUUCCAAAGAUUUAGAGUGUAAAAUUGUGCAAUCUGGCGAAGAACCAAACAUAUGCAUCGCACUAUAUCAACCCAAAAACAAAAAAGGUGGAAUAGUGAAUAUUAUGAGUGAUAACAUGACUCGUAUUAAUAUUCAAGAUCGACGUGGACUUGAAUACGUUUUAUUAAUGUCUAUAUUAUCAUUUUUGGAUAAAUCAGAUGAUAGUAUUUCUAAGGAAAAAAAUGAAUUUAUUUUGGGAGAGGAAUCAAAAGGAGAAUUGAAAGAAGAACUAAAAAAGUUAGAAAAUAAGGAGAAGCAGAAACGAGAAAGAGAGAAGAAAAAGAGUGAAAAGCAAAAUGAACGAAUUAUAAAGGAAUUGACCGAAGCAGAUAAAGCUCAAAAAUUAAAGCAAGAAAAGAUGGAUGAAGAAUUAGCAAGGAAAUUAGCGGAAGAACAAAAAAAUUCAACACGUCCAGCAGGCAAUCAUUCCAGGCAACGAUCCAAUUCUUUCUCGUCUUCAUCACCCAGUGCAUAUACACCUCCGUCAUCGGGAUCGAACCGUACCACUUAUCAUGAUGAUAACACGUUUCAAUCCCGUAAGCAAAAGCUGGCAAAGCACAAGCCAAAGGAAUAUACAAAUGAAUAUGGAUGGUAG